GCAGCCGUCGAUCCCAACAUCAGCCUCGAUUUCCGCCUUCAUAAUCAAUAACCACCUGUCACUUGUACAGCUGGUGACCUAUACUAUUUACCUGCUUCUUUGCUCCAGUCGUCAACUUUGCGUGAAAAAGAAGCACCCAACCGAAUUCAAGCCUCCAAAAUGCGUUCCCACAGCACCACCACAAACGCACCACACCACAAUGACCCUGCAUGCCGCCAAUACGCCCUCUUCUUCCAUGACCUUACGCCCACGUGGUCUCUUUUCACACCUCUGAUCUUCGCAAUCAUAGCCUCUGUCCUAACUUCCUGGAUCCGGACCAUUCCUCCAGGUAAAGAAAACGGAACCAAACCCAACAUCGAAGUCACGCCGCCAACCCCUAUCAACGACGUUGAAGCCACGGCAAUACCAGAUUCUACCACAGCAGGUGCAGGUAAUGGAACAGAGGAGCAACCACCACCCUAUCAACCACCUGUCCAAGAGACCUCGACCCUAGCUCUAACCUCAACUCCAAAACCACCAAAAGUCCCACGCUCCUCGGCAGGGAGAUUCGUCAUGGGCACUGCCAUCUUUCUCGCCAUCAUCGCCUCCCUUUUCCUCGGAGCCUUAGCUUUGCAGGCGGUCAUCUUCUGCCAACAUUGGAGUCCAGUUUCCAUGUUCCCCCGCGUUAUCUAUUGGGUUGUUUUCGGCAUUCCCUGUGGCUGGACGACAGUCGGAGCUUCUUGUUGGCUCAUGUUACUGAGGGAUCUCUGGGGACCGGGAGCGAGGAAGAAGUUUCCGAUUCAGGAGAGUGCCUUGAUAUAUGGGCUGUUCUGUGCCCUGCUCUCCCCUUUUAUUCUUAUUGGAUUUGUGUUCGGAGGAGGCGCAGUGAAGGCUAUUGAAGCGUGUCAAAGGCGGUUUUGCGGUGAUGCCUUGGAGGACGAGGGGGACGAGAGUGAAGAAAGUAUUGAGCUACGGGAGGGCUCAAGAAUGGAGGACCGAACAGGAUUAAGAGAAGGGAGUGGGAGCGGAGAAGAAGAGAGGAUUGGCUUGAUAGGUGGUGUGGAGAAGUAAAUGACGCGCCAAGGAAGUCAUCAGACGGCGUC